AAUAAACCUCCCCCCAAAGUUUUGUUUGCGACAGCUGUUCUCGGGCAGUUCUCCGAAGUCCUUCGCAGGACGGGACAUUCGAGGUGGCGAAGCUAGCGCGGCCACUUUUGUGCGUGCCAUGAGAGGAGGAAAUUGGCGCCUAUGACAUUCGACGAGCUUCGCUCCACCAAGAGCGACGGAUUGCGAGGAGUCGCUGACAACGUUCGUAAUCAGCUGCGGCAGCUAACUCGGUCAACACUUGACGCCUGGAGACCUUCGCCUCUCGUCAACAGCGACAGGUUUCAGGGCCAUCGAGGUCGUCACAGCACUCUCAUGACAGCUAUGAAAAUCCUGGCGGUCCUCCUCCUGGCCACUUGCGCCGUUGCCGGUGUGGCAGCCCUUGCAACUCGCCACCGCGUGAAGCAUGAAAUUGCCUCACUCUGCGACAACAACAUCGACCAGCACGCUCGACUCGACCGGCUUGUGGAGCGGAUUCGUAACCGGCUGCGCGAUGACGAGCCGUUCCCGUUGCCCACUGACAUCGCUCCCCUUCGACUGUACGAUGGCGUGCUGUGGGGCCUCAGCAACUUCGAAAUGCGCCAUCCACCCCAGUUGGUUUGCGGAAAUGGCUAUGCCAACCUCAGCAUGCUGAUUGGUUUGGUGCAGCCGCAUGUCCGAUACAGGUGGAACUUCACGCCGAUUCCCGGAGUCACCGGCCAGUUCAUUGCGCAUGCCGAUCGUGCCACCGUGGACGUCUUUCUACAGGCACCCCUUAACUCUACUAACGCAAAGGCUUCCAUCAAGUCGCUCAAGGUCACCGAACUCAGUCAGAUCUGGGUCAAGGUUCCCAGUGUUCCCGUGGUGAGCUGGGUGGCCUCGCAAAUAGGCAACCUGGGCACAAUGAUCAAUCGCAAGAAUUUGAAAGUGUUCCUUCAGGAAAACCUGCGCACCUCCAUCCAAAAGACCCUGAACAAGGAACCCUUGUAAGUGCUGUAGGGAACAGGGCGACUGGCAGACUUGGCAGAUUUCCUUUGCUCCUGCUCUCAGCCGACAACAUUCAUCUUGUUUGUACAAGAGACUAGCUGUAAUAUGGUGGUCCGCCUGGGUAAUCCAAUGCAUUGUGGAAUCAAAUUGUGUAUGUUCAGUUUCACUCUCUUGUGUCGAUUUUUUUUACCCUUCAACUUGCAGCUAGUUUCUAUGCUAGCUGUCAUAGCCAUUCGUUUUCAUUUUGAAGUCUGCGCUUAUUUGUAGGGAUACCAGUGUUAAACUGGGUUUUUUUGUUAUGCGUGGCAUUUUUAUGAUGUCUUCACACAAGGCAUUUGUAGUUGGCAGCUCAAUCUUAGAUUAUCAUUUGACAUUUUUCAUUUCUGUGAGUCUUCAGUCAACCAGUUGGCUUUCUUAGAACAUUUGCCAAAGGGUUUAUGAUUUGACAUAGAGAAAACUCUUCUGGCAAACAUCUGAACAAUUUAGUUUGAGUGCCUGAAACUUUCAGCGCUGUUGCUAAACGAUGCAUGUGAUCAAAUGGUUCACAGAGGAAGCUUGUGUUUGUACUGUGACCAUAAAUUCAAACGUGAAUAACUAAUCCUAAAGCUUAUGUGUGCAAUCACAGGGAAUUGUAACAUGUAACUGCUUUGUAAGCAUUUUUUUAGAAUGUAGUAGCCUAUUGAUGUAAGCUGGCCGCUGCUUUAUAGUGCUACAGGCCAGCUAUAAUCAAUAGAUACACGACAAUGGAUGCCACAAAGCAUGCAUGCAUUAGAGCAAGCCUUAAUUCCAAUUCAAAAAAGACUCAAGUGCACAUUUCAUAGCGUGAAUUAAGCCACUCCUACAAAUGUAGGUGAACCUGGAAAUGAAACACUGCAUCUGAGUGGUUCUACAAUUGCCCACAUACGCAUGUAUUCUGUUAGUAUUGUCAGACACGAAAAUAUCGUCGUUAUAUCCGAAACUUUGUGAUAAACAUAUUCAUAACUCUGUAUUAACGGCAAGCCUAUUCAUCAAUUGCUUUGUUAUAUUUGUAUUCGCUAUACCGGAGGUCUGACUGUACAUUUUUUUUUUUUCAUGUUGCCUCUGCUCUAUGAUAGCAUUUGUAAAGUUCGAGAACAAAGCAAAUUGAGCUAACUACUAAGUGGUUAGAAAGCAGUUGGAACUUUAGGCUUACUUUCUGCAACGGUAUUGCCGAAGAAAUUUUUUAUUAGUUGUCCAGUUGUCCCCUACUGAUGUGCUUACGUGUAAUGCAUGAAAUUUUAGUGUCGCAUGAAGUCUGUGAAUUUUGCUAUGUCAUGAUGUCAUAACAGUGUCAUUGCCAAGCAUGGCAUCUCGAUAGCAACUUUAGUAACAAGUAUAGUAUCAGUAUUUCCAACUUUCAUACUUGUCAGGUAUGAAGUGCCAUGUGUUCAAAGCGGGGGGUAAUGCUUAUGCAACUUCGAAAACUCCAUUAACAUCGAAGUUCAACAGCAUUAUUAUGUGUCAGUGACCUUUUCAAUAGACAUGUUCACUGAUGAGAGUUUGGGUUGCUUCAAAUGCAACGUGACAUGGUGCAUGGUAUUCAUAGUAGCACACCCAGAGCCUUGAAACUUACUGGUGCUCUUGAGUGUGCAUUAAGGGCUUCUUCAAGGAGGUAUAUGCGAUGGACAUUACUUUGUAUAGUUACGUGGACAAAGAUAGAUGCUGCGUUUUUCACUUCGGUAUUUGCCACGUUCACGAGUCUUCCACUUUUAACAGGACCACAAUAUACAUACUGGAUCACGUCAGGGUCAUGUAAUGCAGCUGUGGUUGCUGCAUCAAUACUCUUGCCUGUUUCAACAAGGAGGCCAAUUAGCAAAUAUUUUGUAUGAACUUUUUGUACUGCUAGUCCUUGUGUACAACUGUAUAAGGUCACACAAUUUUUGCCUGGCUCAACUUCAUUGUAGUUUAUAUAUUAUUUUAUGUUGUAAAAGCUAUGGCCGUGUUCUGAACAAAUAAAGGACUACUGCACGGCAA